AUGGAAAAAGCAAGCUGUCCAAAAAAAAGAUAUGAAUUAGCUACUUUAGGAGAAACUGUUGAUUCAAGAUGUCUUCCGGCAGGAUACAGUGCUGGGGUAAUUCCAUUACCAAAUGCUUGUGAUCAUUGUUGUAAAAAACUUGAUGAUGGUGAAGUAUUAGUCUGUGAACAUGGAUAUCAUUUUGAAUAUUAUCAAAUGAUGGAGUAUGAAAAAGGACCGAAUGUUCUUACCACUGAGGAAAGAGAGAAUAGCGAAGAAGCUUCAGAUGAAAAUGAAACAGUAGAAGAGAAAUACUUCUAUUGUAACUCACCGAAAUAUUGGAUCUUACUGGAUCUUACAAGCUUAAAUGAAAAAAGCUGCUUUGAAGGAUAUGUUUGCAAAUUUUCGUCGCAAGUUAUCACAAAACCAAUUGUGGCACUAUUGAGACUAUUGUAA